AUGGAGGCGGCCGCCGGUUCCGCUGGCGUGCGGCGCCUGAGCGCGGACGCCUUGGACGCUGAGGCCUCAGCCAUGGACACAGGCGCGUCCGACUUGUCCGUGUCGCCGUCGCCGCUGCAGUCGCCCGUGCUGCGGCCCCCCGUCAACGUGUCCACCGCAGCAGCCACAGCCGCGUCCGCCAGCCCCGCAGACGCGCAGUCCCCGCUCCGGUCGGCGCUGCGCAAGCCCAACAGCCCGCAGCAGCCCAGCACCAGCAGCAAGAUGGCGCGCCGCGUGUCCAUCGAGAGCAGCUCCAGGCAGCAGCGCGACCGCCUGAGCUCCUCGCAGCAGUCCACGGACUCGACGGGGCUGGGCGACUCCGGCGUGAGCCUGCGCUUCCGCCGCUCGCCGCCCAACAGCAAGACGUCCGCGCGCGGCUCCUUCGCGCUGCGCGAGUCCAAGCUGUCGCGCGCAUCGUCCGCCGUGGGCGCGGGGCUCCGCGAGAGCUUCUUCGGCGUCAUCGGGCGCGGCACGACCGUGAACGACCCGCUGGAGCUGUCCCCCAACCAGGAGUUCGACCUGGACGUGAUCGACGAGAGCGGCGGCCUGGACGAGAACAUCGGCCAGAUCCUCAAGCCCCAGCUGGACUUCAGCAACUGGUCCAGGGAGGGCUACGUCGUGCUGGGCGUGGGGGUCGCGCUGCUGCUGAUCAUGGUCGUGCUGGCCGAGAUGGUCAACGCGCUCAACGGGUACAGCAUCGACCCGGGCCUCGUGUUCGGCUCGCUGCUCACGCUCAUGCUGUGCGUGUGCGUGUUCGUGACGUUCCACGGCGUGCAGAGCUACCAGAGGCACCCGAACCCGCUCAUCUACUACAAGUGCGUGAUCGACAUUUUGCUGGCGCUGAGGUUUCUGCUUGACCCGUUGCUGCUGGAAAUGGGCAUCUACAGAGAGGGAGACGAGGCCUCCUGCGCGUACCUGUCGGGCAUCACGCAGUUUCUGUAUCUGUCCAGCGACUGCUGGUACUUCGCGCAGAUUUUGGAUCUCUACUGGUCGCUCACGAACCCCUUUAUGAGCGUCAAGGCCAACCGCAGGACGUACAAGAUGAUGGUGUACUCGGCCGGAGCGUUCACGGGUCUUCUUGCUGCGUUUGUUCCGGGUAUCCACGGCUUUGCAGACGGAAACUACUGCUGGACCAAGAGGAAGACGACCGAAGACCCUGUGGAGAGGGACUUCUUCCACCUCAACCGCGGGAGCUGGCUGCUGUUCUACAUGUGGAUGAUCUUCUUCUAUCUCUCGGGCAUCGCCGUGCUGAUCUUCGGAGUCAAGCGACUUCGAUCGGGACUGCGGGAUACGCUGGCGAGUCGGCGUGAGAUGCUGCGCAACGGUGCGCUAUCAAUUACCAGCUACACCAUCUACUGGACUAUUGUAUUCGUCUGGUACGCGCUGUCAUUCCAGACGCGCACGACGUAUGACGAGGAUGGGAACUUACCGCCGAGCCACAUCUUCCGCGCGUUCACGUUCGCGCUCUCAGCCCGCGGAGCUAUUGACUACUUUGUGUGGUUCAUGAUCAACAGUCCCGCGCUGGUUCGUGAGAAUUGGCUCAAGUUUUCGUCGGAUUCGGCGGACAAGCAGUUCAGCGCGCAACUUAAUACGGCCCUCCAGGAAGAAUUGAUCUACUUUACCAUUGAAGGCAUGACGCGGGCAGUGCAGAUCGCUGAGGACGACCUCAUCCGCAUUCGCAACCGGUCUCCCACACAAGAGCUCGUGUUGGAUGCUAGCGACGACGAAGAAUAUCGACGUUCCACUGAGGAUCCCAGUGAGGCUGCAACCAGAGCAACGGGUCCGCUUGGAAUGGGCAGUAGCGGCAACUUGCUGCAAAGUAUCCAGAAGAAUCGGAUGCUCAACAGCAUUCAGGAAGUUAUCAGCACGGGGCUCCACCGCACUAGCAGUGUGGAUCGACGCGCGAGGAAAAAGAACAGCAAGGAGCCCGACUUCAGCUUCGACAUCCCUCAAGACCAGCGCUCGCUACACCAGCCGCCGAAGCCGGCUCAUCGUGACAACAACCCCUCAUCCGCGUCGACGGCUGCAACGUUGGCUGAUUCACAGCCACCAGCUUCGACGGUGGGCUCUACAACAGCAUCCAUUCGGUUUACGCCUUACAAGCCGCAGGCCUUCGCGGAGCUGCGCCAAGCGUUCGGGAUCAAGGCUGCCGACUUCAUGAAGUCUUUCCAGACGAGUACCAAGCCCAACAUCAGCGAGGGUGCGAGCGGUGCCUUCAUGUUCUUCAGCGGCGACAAGAAGUACAUCGUCAAGUCCAUGGCCGAGGAGGAGGCGCGCUUCCUGUGCGAGAUCGCAGAGCAGUACGCCGAGUACCUGACGCUGAACCCGUGCUCGCUCAUCACCAAGUUCUACGGUUGUUUCAAGAUCACCAUGUACGACAAGCGCUUCUACUUCAUCGUCAUGGAGAACUUGUUCGACGUCAUGGAGGAGGGGGUGCAGAUCCACCACCGGUUCGACAUCAAGGGGUCGUGGGUGAACCGCAGCUACAAGCGCCCGCGCCAUGGGGCCAAGGUGAAAUGCCGCCACUGCUCCAUGAUGUUCAAGUACGGCGCCAAGAAAAGUCAGCUGCAGUGCCCCAACGUUGUGGGACUGCACGAGCCCAACGUCGUGCUGAAGGACAACGAUCUGCGCACGCGGAUGCGGAUCGGCGCCGACGAAGGUAUCGAGUUGUAUGAGCAGCUGCGUGAUGACUCGAUUUUCCUCUGCGAGCUCGGUAUCAUGGACUACAGCCUGCUCCUCGGCGUGAUGGAUAUCGAAUUUAUCGUGGACCAGCCUUCUCAGCCCUUUGGCAACAGCACCGUCGUGAGCGAGCGCACGGCUGCAAAUACGGCUACCAAUUCGGCGUCCAACUCCACAGCCAACACUCGGAGCAACGACAGCUUCAUGUCCGCAUCGUCGUCGAAUUGGUCGGCGUCCACCGGCAGUUCAGCGAGCGGUUCCUCCGUGAACAAGCACAUUCACCACCACGAAGACGAUGCGGCCCCCAAGAAGCUGGGUAUGAGCGUGGCGCCGAGCGUGCACUCACUUUUCCAGCAGCGAGAAGACCCUCUGAAUCAAUCGCGGUAUCCGUCCACUGGCGGAGAGCCACGUCCUAAGCGCUCUAUGCGUAAAAGUCAGCGCGUGUUCGGCCCUGGUUACUACUACGUCGGCAUCAUCGACAUCCUCCAGACGUGGACGCUGCAGAAGAAGCUCGAGCGGUUCUGGAAGGUCAACAUCCAGCAGAAGGACGGCGACGGUCUCUCGGCGAUUGACCCGGCGCGGUACCAGCGUCGGUUCGAGACCAAGCUGCGCGAGAUCAUCGCGCUUCCGAAGCAGUACAACCACCGCCAGCGCCGCAACCGGCCGGCCAAGAACGCGGGCAACAUGUUCGAGUCGGUGCAGCGUUUGAGCCCCGUGCUGCAAGCCGCAGCCGCGUUCGAGAGCGCUGCCGCCGCCAAGGAGGCCCGUCGCGAGCUGGCCCGCGCCCGCGGCGACUCGACCGACACGGACUCGUCAGGGAUGUCUUCCAGCGCAGCGGACGAAAGCGAUCUGGAGCAGGCCGGCCGCAACCCGCAGCCGAUCCUGCUGCCGUUCAACCAGCGACUGAUCACCACCAACUCGACGCGCAGCCAACUGAGCCUCACGGACCUGGCCGUGUGA